AUGUGUACCACAAGUGGUGAUGGGGGAAGGGGCAGGCAACCUGGCAAUAUCCCAACCCUCGUGCCUCCUUCGUGUGGCAUGGAAGCUGAGCACCAAAACGGUGUUACAGCUGGACGAGUCUGGAAGGAAAUCAUAACAGCAAUAAGCUGUCCUCACUUCUCUCAAAAUGAAACAGGCUGUUGCUCAGCAACUACGGGCAAGUGGCUUAAACCAACACAGCAAUGUGAAUCACAGAAUUUUGAAAGGCACCAAUCAGUACAAACUAUUCAGACUGGUAUACUAGAUUAG